UGACAACUUAAAUCUGAUAAUUUUGAUAAAAUUGGUACAAACUACAAAGUUAAAAACACGACAAGGAAACCUUAUCUAUGAAUAUAAAUUUUAAAUCAUUUUUAAACGUAGUUGCCGCGGUGUCUUAUUACAAGUAUCACAUAUUUUGGUUAUAAUUAUGGAUUCUGAUUAUGAACAAAAAGUCGCCAAACUGAAAUCGAAAAUUAAAAGUUAUCCCGAUUUCCCGAAAGAAGGUAUUUUAUUUUGGGAUAUUUUUUCUGCGAUAUCAGAUGGGCCUACCUGCAGACUUCUACAAAAUUUAUUAGUAACGGUUAUUCGUGCCAAAUAUCCAAAUGUAGAAGCAGUAGUUGGAUUAGAGUCCAGGGGAUUUCUCUUUUCCUUUUCCGUGGCAACAGAACUGGGUAUUGGAUGUUUGCCAAUAAGAAAAAAAGGAAAAUUACCCGGGGAAGUGAUUUCCUAUAAAUAUGACUUAGAAUAUGGUUCUGAUAUUUUACAAAUUCAAAAGGAUUCCAUCCGUCCAGGUAUCAAGUGCCUGAUUAUUGAUGAUUUAAUUGCAACAGGUGGUUCCAUUACAGCAGCUACAAAUCUUUUACUAAACUGCAAGGCAGAUGUUGUUGGUUGUCUUGUUAUAAUGGAAUUGAUAUCUUUGAAUGGUCGGAGCAACAUUCCUAAUGGUAUUCCAGUUCAUUCAUUAAUUAAAUAUGAUUAGGAAAUUUAAUCUGUAAAAAACGCAAACAUGUUAAUUAAAUUUAAAGGUAUGUAUAGUCCAUUCCUACUAGUACAAAGGUAGACUAUGUUAAUAUGUUACACUAUAAUGUUGCCUAAUAAUAGAAUUGAAAAAAAAGACAAUUGCAAUACAAUGUUAAGUGAUCUAUAAAUACUUAGAGAAUUAAGUAUGACAUGACAUCAACUGAAAACUUAAAACAAUUAAAAG